CAGCUGUAGUGACUAACUGGCAAAAGAAGGUUCAAACCCUCAUCGGACAGAGUGAUACUUAUUUCCAUUGAAUUCAUCUUGUUAGAGCAGUCGGUCUCGUAGCCGAAGCGUUCUGAGAGUCUUUAUCUCUCGCUCAGAUAUGGCUUCUAGGGCAUGUCAACAACAACAUCGAGUACAAUCAUGGAGGACGACUUCAACCUCUUUACUUCCAUUCGAUACGAUCCAGUACUGCUUCAGGUCCCUGCUAGAAAAUUGACUUAUGCCGGCUGGAACUGGGUCAACACAUCGCCUUUCUACUUGUUAGAUUACCAUAGGGACCGCAUGCUCCGAGCGGCCACUCACUGGGGUUGGGAUGCCGCCGUCAAGGCUCUCGAGGGAGACUUCGGUGUAGCGAGGCUAGCCGACAUCACUAUGCACAGUAUCGGGGACGACCAACAAUUUCCCCUGAGAGUGAGAAUAUCCAUCACGAAAGACGGCGAACUCUCCAUAAGCUCCGGGCCGGCUCCAGAUACGACCCUCGCAAACCUCUUCCCCGAACAUCUACCUCCUCCAAAAGAAGCUCGCAGUGACAGGCUCCGCGGAAACAUUCCCUCCAAAAUUCCAACCUACGAGGUUCUGGUCGACAGUCCACAGACAAGCCGCUCCGAGUUCACUCACUUCAAGACGACGAAGCGGGCCGCUUACGACGGCGCCAGGCAACGAGCCAAAAUCAAUCCUGCUGACCUGAAGGAGGUUCUCAUCGUCAACCGGGCGAAUGGUGCUGUGAUGGAGGGCUCCAUCUCAACUCCCUACUUUUGGAGAGGAGGGAGUUGGGUGACUCCCCCUGUGAGCAAGGAGUACAGCUUGGAGGAGGGAUGCGGAGGCCAGAACGGGACAUCCAGGAGGUGGGCACUCGAACGAGAUCUCGCUGUCGAAGGCACAAUACUGGCCGACUCGCUCGUGGAUGGCGAAGAAUGCUGGCUGAGUAACGGACAUCCUCUGACCACCUCUCGACAAUUCUCCCACACGUCGAUCAACAAACCCCUCCGCUUUGUCACAAUGGCCACGUCAGAGUCCGCCCUCACCGCGAUGCUCAAGAUGUUUGAACAGCAGGAGAAACUCCGCGGCGAGCUCGGCCUGCAAAAGAUCAAGGCGAAUCUCAACAGUAAAUACCAGCGCCAUGGCACCAAGUCCUACGUCUCGGCAAUGGAGCGCUUUGGCUUCCAGCCCACCAAGCCUGGCCCCUACUUCCAGAAGUUCACCAAGGCUGAUGAUGCCACGCCCGGCAGAGCUGCUCCGGGUGUGAAGCCCGGCCAUGUCUGGGAGGGCACACUCAAGAAGGUCAAGGACGAUGACAAGCCGGGUGAAGUCACUGCCCAUGAUGUGCAGAACGACACCGAGUACCUGUGCGAGGUCUCAAUCGGCAAUGAACCGCAGAAGGUCAUGCUGGACUUCGACACCGGCUCGGCCGAUCUUUGGGUGAACCCCAAAAGCUUCGACCCCAAGAAGUCGUCAACGUUCAAGCUCGCAGAGGCCAAGACCUGGCAGAUCCAGUAUGGCGACGGCAGCUCGGCCUCGGGCAUUGUCGGCACCGACCUCCUUACGGUCGGCGGGCUCGUCAUCAAAGACCAGGCCAUCGAGGUCGCCACAGACAUGUCGGCCGAAUUCGCCAAGGAAACCACCAUGGACGGUCUGCUCGGCCUGGCGUUUGGCAAAAUCAACACGAUUCAGUCGAACGGUGAGCCCGAUCCCCAGCCCACCGUUGUCGAGAACAUGAUUUCCCAGGAAGACAUUCCCAAGAACGCUUCGCUGUUCACCUCGGCGCUGUACAGCUCCAGAGACCCGACGGAGCAAUCGUUCUACACAUUCGGAUGGAUUGACCAGGAUCUCGUCAAGGAAUCUGGCGAGGACAUUCACUGGACCAAUGUCAACGCCAACGAUGGCUUCUGGAUGUUCAAGAGCGAGAAGGCCUCAGUCAACGACAAGGUCAUCUCCCUGGUCGGUAACAACGCCAUUGCCGACACGGGCACAACUCUCGCCCUGGUUUCGGACGUUGUCUGCGAAGCCUUGUACGCCCAGAUUCCGGGUGCCGAAUAUUCGGAGCAGUACCAGGGCUACACCAUUCCCAAGGACAUCAGCGUGGAGGACCUUCCGGAACUCAGCAUCGCUGUCGGCGGCCAACACUUCAAGGUUCAGAAGCACGACCUUCUCUUUGCCAUGGCUGACGACAAAGUGUGGUAUGGAGGUGUUCAAUCCCGUGGUGAGAACCCAUUUGACAUUCUGGGUGACUCGUUCCUCAAGUCAAUCUACGCGAUCUGGGACUUGGGGCACAAGCGCUUUGGUGCCGUUCCGAAGCUUGAGAAGGUUGUGAGCAACGGGGCAUCGCCGAAGCUCAAAUCUGUCGGUGACUUGGCGGUGCACGAUGCCGUGCUCAACUAGAUGUGGCGGGUAUUUGUGAAGAAGCUGGUAUUCGUCAUCCGCAUUCUCAACCAUGGCAGUUGCUGGGUGGUGCAAGAUGUUGUGUGCAACUGGAGGAGGCUGGUAUUCGUCGUUUGCUUUCACUUCUUUAUCGAGGCUUGCAGGAAAGAUUCUGUGGUAUGGCAGUGUGAUGGAGACACGGGAAUGGAAAUUGUAACUUGCACGCUCCACUCCUUUCGACGUUGGCAGCGUGGGCAAUGGACAGAUCCUAGCACCUUGAUGAAUAUGGUUCUCAUUCUCUUUCUCGGCCAUGUCCUCCAUCAUAUCUUGAGUUUGAUGUUAAGUUUGAGUAUAUUAGUAUGGUCCAAGUGAACGGCGCGAAGUGGAGGAGUUGAUUCAAGAUGGCGGCGAGAGGCGGAAGGAGGAGAAGGCUUUUGAUACGGUAGCGCGCGG